AUGAUGGGAGAUCCUGGGACCCAUGUCAAUUUACUCGUGUGCCCCUGGGCCACUUCAAGGUUCCGGGAGAAGAACACCCAGAUCCUGGGCGCCUCCGCCGACACGCCGGAGGACAACCGCGCCUGGAAGGCCAAGUUCGGAUUCCCGUAUCCUCUCGUGUCCGACCCCGGCCGGUCCCUGCCCGCGCUCUACGGCGGGGCCAAGCGGUGGGCGGUCCUCAUCGACGAGGAGCAGAAGGUCCAGGCGUUCUGGCCGGAGGUGGUGGACAAGGAGGGCUUCGCGGCCGAGGUGUUGGGCGCUCUGUGA